CCGUUAUAUAUAUGGAAACGCCGUCAAGAUUCUCGAUCAUCUGAGAGAGAAGAAGAACCACGUGAGGUCCCAAGGAGAGAAACUGUGGUACGCGCUACUGGUGCUCGUCGAAUGCGGCGGAGACCAGCGGCUUCUGGGGCUAGCUCAUCAUCAGCAAAUGUUGAAGAAACGUUGGAUGAAAGUGAUGAUGAAGGUGUGGGGGGUGGAUAUUAUGAGGCUAAAGCAUCAAAGAAGAAAGAAAAGAAGCGACAAGAGAGGGAAGCACAAAGACAGGCUGAAGAUGCUGCACGUGAGUCAAGGCAGACAAAACAAGACCGUUAUUCAGAAAUGCGGAGAAAAAAGGAUGAGGAGCGAGAGGUGCAAGAACGUAUGCUGGAAGAAGAAGUGAAAGCCCGGCAGGCCCGGGAAGAGGAGGCUGCUGCAAUGGAGUUUGAGAAGUGGAAAGGGGAAUUUUCUGUUGAUGCUGAAGGGACAACGGAGAUUGAAGGGCAAGACAGGAGCCAGGAUUUGCUUUCUGACUUUGUGGAAUUCAUAAAGAAACAUAAAUGUGUUCCAUUAGAAGAUCUUGCUGCAGAAUUUAAGUUACGGACCCAGGAAUGCAUCAAUCGGAUUAUUUCCUUGGAGAGUAUGGGACGAUUAUCUGGUGUCAUGGAUGAUAGAGGAAAAUACAUAUACAUCUCGCAGGAAGAGAUGAAAGCCGUUGCUGACUUUAUUAAGCGUCAAGGGAGGGUUAGCAUCUCGCAUCUAGCUAGCAAGUCUAACCAGUUCAUUGAUUUGGAAGCAAAACCACAGUUCUCUGAAGAAAUUGGCAGCAUGGAAGAGAUUACUGUUACUUGAUUCGAUUCACGUCAUACAAGUAGCACAGAACUUCACUAAGAACAUGGUGAAAAGUAGAAAAUAAAGUUCAACUUUUUGUAGGUGAAGCUUCAUGACAGGCUGGAAAACAAAUGGGUGUGGAGCCUCACCUAUUUUCCAGGUAGAGGUUCUAUUCACGAGUAUAUUGGAAAUUCGAGUGGGAAGUUUUUGCUUGGGAAAAUGCUGUUUAUGCUGCAUGUAACCUUUCUUACUCAAAUAGCUACGACAUACGGAAAUAUGUUUGAUAUAUGAAGAUUGUAAAUCGUUGUUGUGAUGAGAAAGGAGUAUAGGGAAGGAUUUCCUAAACUUGAUAAUUCAAGGAGAAAAAAAUCUUAUAUUGUGGCAUGAAAUUUAGAUUGUUAUGAACUAUUUUAAGAA